AUGUCCUUCAAGAAAGUGGUCUCGAUCCUGGUGAUCUGCGUGGUCGCCGUGCAGGGCGCUAGUGUGGCGCGAAAGGCCGACACGGCCGCCUCGGUGGCGGACGAGCUGAGCUGGUCCUGCGUGAACAACGUGUCCUGCGUUGCCGGGCUGGCGAAGGACGUCAUCCAGAAGCUGCAGUCGCGCCGUUCGGUCGACUUUGGCGUGUUCAGCGUGCAGCCUCUGGAGCGCAUUCCGCUGAGCGUUGAAGGACGCUCGUCGGGAGCUCUGGACUUCCUCAGCUCGCACGCCCUCAAGGUCCCGCUCGGUCCGAUGGUGGUCAACGUCGAGCGUUCGGCUGACUAUCCCAACUUUGUCGAGGUGUCGCUGCUCAAGAAGGACGAUGGAGCCCGCGGUAGGACCCGCAAGCACAUGCGCUUCUUCGUGCCCGCCUUCCUGGUCUUCAGCCAGAUCGGUUGGUACGCGCUGGCCAUCGCCGGUGUGAAGCUGCUGGCGAUUAAGGCCUUUUUGGUCGCUAAAAUUGCCCUAAUUGUCGUUGCGAUGAUGACGUUCAAGAAACUCAUGGAACCAGUCGCUGUCAUGCCAGCACCGUACUUUGACCACCCGGAGCCGUUCAUGAUGCCGUACGGUAUGGACUUCCACCAUGGAUUCCCGGGCGCCGCCAACGACAUGUACUCGAUGGGACUGGGAGGCCACCUCGGACACCACGACGGCCCGUCGGCCCUGCACGCCUCCGAGGGAGGUCUCGGUGCCGCCAGCAACGUCAAUCCGUCGGUGGUGGACGCAGCGUCGGCCGCCUCGGACAAAUCGGCCAGCUCGCCAGCCCAGCCAGCGUCGGUAGUCGCCAGCGGCAACGAGCGCCAUCACUUCGGCGCCAGCAGCAAAAUCAAGCGACAGGACUUCUACCCGCAGGCGCAGUCGGCCAAGUACCUGUGA